CCUCGAUGAGACACAAUGUUAUUCAUCAGUAUUGAGAAGCUGAUUUCCCAUCCUCUUUCUGUCAACCUGAUAGCAAUUCCAUUCAAUCCCCCUAUCUCGAAUUGUUACCUUCGUCGCGCUUUCCGUCAAGGACGCACCUUAACGAUGUGAAGGAUCAUGAGAAUGGACCGUGCACGUAAGCCUUUGUCUGAAUGAGGCAUCAAUCCUGGUAGUAUUAAAUGAGGUCGCGCCUUGGACUCACAGCUCAGGUACCCAGCUCCGCGCGGAAUUUCUAGGUGUCUUACAUUUCUGCGUUGUUGUUUGUCUAUGAUCAGCACUGUAUCUCACAGGUUGUUAUGACUAUCUUACGCGCCCUCAGAACUCUAGCUUUGGUGGGCUGUAGUUCCGCCUUUGUACUUCGAAACGACCCACUGCUUAACUCGACGACCGAAAAACCUGCGAUCGCGUUUACUGCUUCCACAUGGAGGUCAAAGGUACACGGCGAGAGCAGCGGGGACGGGUGGGAUAUCAUGACAUCUGGAAGCGACAGCAGAGUUCGCACAGAGCCCAUAGCCACUAAUGUUGAUGUUAUCACAUCUACCAUUGCAGUAGAUCUGCAGACAAAAAGCUCUGUCGAGAUCAUAGACAUAGGCACUGUCAUCAGUGGCAUGUGGCCCGACCGCACUGUUACGCUUACAGUGCAUUGGGAAAAGUCGGCUACUGGUUGGGGGGGCACAACAUUACUACCAAGCUCCCCUCCGGUCCAGGAGACUGCGCACGUUGAGAGAUCCACGGAUGGAUGGGGAGAUGCCCAUCAUUUGGAUCCAUACAGUUCUCGAAGUUCCAGGUCGGUCACGGUGGAUGUGUCGGAUCCGUGGACAAGUAAUUUAAGAACACAAGCAACAGCCCCAGGAAGACCUCAAAGUUCUCAGGCGCGGGUCACGACAAUACCGAGCAAGGUCAUCACUGAGUUCCCACUACCUCCCGCUAUAACCCACGACGGGGUAACGAUCCAGCCCAUCGCUGUGACACACAGACCAACUGUCAAUGCGCCGGAUGGAUCACUGGUGACAACGGACGAUGUCAAGUUCCAGGUUGUCAUAGGAUCUUCCACACUCAGCACUGAUACACUUAUUACCAUCAAUAACGUUGUGGUCGGCCUCACAUCCGAUUCAGCUGGCUCCACUGUGAUCCAUGUCGGCGAUCUGACCACGACACUGCCGAAGCCUACUGCAGGCGAAGUACGUACAGUCGCCAGAGUCACGCCAGGACAACUUGACAUUGUGACAUCCAUCGUUGGUGGAACUACAAAGUAUGUCAUCGCUGGGCAAACGCUGGCGCCCGGGCAGCCUGUGACAAUUGAUGACACGCCGAUCUCUAUCAGUGUAGAUGGUGGUAUAACAGUACUUCAUGUUGGCGAUAAGAUGGCUACUUUAGUAGCGGCUGCUUCUGACACGCAGAUCCUCACAGACUGGCCUAGUAUGAGUGUUGGAACCCAAGGGACUAUCCCACACACAAGCCCAGUCAGUUCGAGUCCAACAAGCACGAGCUCCGCGUUGUCACGGUCAAGCAUUGCGAGCGUAUUUCUGGCAUACUACACGUUGGGUAUGGUCAUUUUCGUAAUCACUACCUGAUUUGGAUCGGGAAAUUUGUUUGAACGAAGAGAAAACUUAAUUUCAAGCCUCGCGUCUACCUAGUAGCCGAAAAUGCGACAGCUUGAGA